AUGCCCGACGCUGAGGCCGGCGGCGCGUGCCCGCAGCGGCGGCGCGGCGGGCGGCGGCGACGGCGGCGGGGCCGGGGGCGGGGCCGGCGUCGGACGCGUGGCAGAGCGCGGCGGCGGGCUCCGACUUCCUCGACCGAGGUGCGCGGUCCUGCGUCCGGCCACGCUGUAACCGCUUCCGGGUGCUGGCGGAGAACGCGCUGGCGCCGCGAGCCCAGCGCCCCGCUGCUGGUGCGGACGGAGGGGGAGUCACCCGGCGCAGCGGCCCCAGCAGCUCACCGUCGCCGCCACCGCCGCCGACCAGCUGCGCGUCACGUGGACGCCCCCGCCGCACCACCUCUGGAACGGCCCGGCCGCCAGCCUGGCUAUACCUUCACGACGGUGACGGACCGCGGCGGCGCCUCCACCCUGGCCCUGCUCUCGGGCCUGCAGAAGUACAGGAAGUACGGCGUCGUGGUGCAGGCCUUCAACGAGAAGGGCUCCGGCCCCAUGUCCAACGAGGUGGUCGCGCAGACUCAGGAAGACGUGCCGAGCGCGCCGCCUGUGGACAUCAAGUGCUCGGCGCAGGGCCCGCAGAGUGUCACUCUAUCCUGGCACCCGCCGCCGCCCAUCUACCAGAACGGCGUCAUCGUCGGCUACAAGGUGUACUACGAGAACACGAACGAGUGGCCGCCAGGCGUCAUAGAAGCUGACACGAAGACCACUCCAGAACCUGGCACGGACUUGCACGGUCUACGCAAGUUUGCCAACUACAGCGUGCAGGUGUGGGCAUACACGCGCAUCGGGGAUGGAGUUAAGAGUAGCCCUAUCUUCUGUCUCACCAACGAGGAUGAUAUUGAUGGGGUGGGUGCCACUCAUGACUGGAAUAAUCUUCCUCACCCCUUGACCACAUUUACAAUUAUCAUCAUCAUCGCCAUCACUCAAGGUUUUUCAGACUUCUCUCAUGAUUCUGAGAAGUCUUUUUUCUAUUAUUCCUCUUUCUGGCGUGUAGUUUAUCAAAUAUAUAAGGAAUGUUAUAAUGUCAGAGAGAAUGAAGACGAAGAAGAACGAGAGCUAGAAGAAGAAGAAGAACGGAUUGUUGUCUCCGAACGCUGA